UUUCUUUUUUUAAAAUUACUUGACUAACCUUGCGUUAUGUGUGAUUUGGUGUGCACGAGAAAGAAACACUGUCAUACCUCAUUUUCAAAAGGAGCCAUAACUAAACUCACCCAUCACAGCGACGAUGAAUUUCUCUUCUGAUUACUCUAUUUUCGCUUCGAUCACUUGCUGCGGCAGACCCGAAUGCUGAGGGAGUUAUGGUAUUAGUAUUGUUAGGAUUUAGGAUUGGGUCGCGGGUUCAAAUAUCCAAAGUAACCAGAGUCCAGGUCCAGUUUUUCUUUUUAAUGGGUAAAGUGACGAGAUAAGCAGCUACGCCGAAGCGUGAACGGCAUGGCGGAGAAAGCGGCAGCGCCACCACCACCGUCGAAGCCUCUGACAUCUCAAGAGUGGGAAACCCUAAUCGAGGACUUCCAGAAUGGCGUCCAGCACAAAUGGACCUCUCUGGAUCCUCUCUUCGAUCUUCUCCUCUCCUCUCUUCUCCGCAAGGACUUCCCUCUCUUUCUCAAGCUCCAACUCCUUGUCUUCCUCGACGAAUUCUCUCUCUCCUUCCUCACAUCCCACCACCAUCUCCAUCGCCUCGUCGAAGCGCUCAAAGCCGUUGUCCAUGCGCCGCUCGACGUUGCCGCUUCCGCUUUCAAAGACCAGUUCAUGGUCUCCGCUACCUCGAUUCUCAUCUGCACAUCGGAAAACGUUGCCGUCGAGGCCGAAACGGAGACUAACCUGGUCGAGCUGCUGCUGACAGUUGUAAACCGGCCUAAUUUCGGUUCGGACCGGCAAACGCGCGGCGUGGCGUGCGAAUGCCUGAGGGAAUUGGAGCGAUGGAAACCGGGAUUGCUCUCCGAUGUGGUUGGACACCUGUGGAGUUUGUGCCAGAGCGAACGAACUCACGCUUCGCAGUGUUACCUCUUGCUCUUUACAUCGGUGAUUCACAGCAUCGUCGCUCGGAAACUCAGUGUUUCGAUUCUCAACACAUCGGUUCCGAUGAUCCCUUUCUACGCGCCGAACUGUGUGACGGAUUCGGGUUCAGGUUCGGAGUCAGGUUCGGGAUUGAAUGUGAAGGAGUUGAGGAGGGCGUUGUCAUUUUUGCUGGAGUGGCCGCAUGUGAUGACUCCUUUCGGGAUUAUGGAGUUUGUGUCUAUGAUAGUUCCCGUGGCCUUGGCAUUGGAAUUGCAACCUUCCAUGCUGAAGGUGCAGGUGUUCGGGAUGAUUCAUUCCUUUGACCCUGUUCUGUGCCAUGCUGUUUUGAGCAUGUAUGUGCAUUUCUUGGAGGCCUUUGAAGGUCAAGAGGGAGAGGUUUCUCGCAGGAUCUUGUUGAUUUCGAGAGAAUCUCAGCAUUUUUUGGUGUUUCGCUUGUUGGCUAUCCACUGGUUGUUGGGUCUCAAUCAGUUCAUUUUCGAGAAGACGAAGCCCACCAUCGAAUUGUGCUCCACUUUUUAUCCCGCUUUGUUUGAUCCUCUGGCUUUGAAAGCCUUGAAGCUUGACCUUCUUGCGUUUUCCUCGGUUUGUGCUAAUGUGUUGAGGCUGAAAAGUGGUUCUGAUGAGUUGAUUGAUCCAGUGAAGCUGUUUGAAAAUGGUCUUGUUUGUGUCUCUUCUUUCAAAUGGCUGCCUCCCACGAGCACCGAGACUGCUGUUGCAUUCCGCACCUUCCAUAAGUUUCUGAUUGCUUCUUCUUCUCAUUCUGACAAUGAUCCUUCCACAGCCAGAAAUCUGUUGGACUCUGCCAUUUUUCGCACUUUGCAGGGGUUUCUUGUGAACAUGAUGUUGGAAAGUAGAAGACUGGUUCCUGUUGUCGUAGCAUUUGUUGACCGGUUACUCUCCUGUCAAAAGCAUUCUUGGUUGGGUGAGUGCUUACUUCAGAAAUUUGAUGAGCACUUGCUUCCCAAAGUGAGAAUGGAUUAUAAGUUGGUUUAUUGCUUCCCCAUAUUUGAUAGAAUUGCUGAAAAUCAGACUAUACCCCCUCGUGGAUUGUUAGAGCUGCUUACGAAUUUCAUGAUUUUCCUUGUGGAGAAACAUGGCCCAGAUACAGGGAUGAAAUCUUGGUCCCAGGGAAGCAGAGCUCUUGGAAUUUGCCGAACUAUGCUUAUGCGCCACCAUAGCUCUAGAUUGUUCCUUAGAUUGUCUCGGCUGCUUGCAUUUACAUGUCUAUGUUUUCCUGAUCUGGAGGUCCGUGAUAAUUCAAGGUAUUGCAUAGUGCUGCCUUUGACAUAACAUAUUUUCUAGUUUUCUCCUCUGGCUUAUGAAUUAUAUCUUGAAAUUGAAGAUAACU